AUGAAGACCACCAGAGUCCUAGCCAUCAACAUCACCACCGAGAUCACCACAGUUCUGACCACCAACAUCACUAUGAAGACCACCACAGUCCAAGUCAUCACCAUCAUUACGAAGACCACCAAAGUCCAAUCCAUAAUCAUCACCAUGGAGACCAUCGCAGUCUAGACCAGGAACAUCACCAUAGAGACUCUCAAAGUGACUUACAACUGGAGUCUAUCAGUAAAGCAGACUCUCUGCGAAGCAGCAGCAGUCCAUCCAGUCAUGAAGAGGAGCAGACAAGCUUCAGCAGCUCAUUGAUACAAAAAGUAUGACCUCUGACUAUUGGUUAAGACUAUAUUUAUAUGUAAAAUUUCAGUCUGUUCCUAUCUUGAAUAAUAACUCCCUGUUACUCUGCUUUAAGUUGUUAUGUAAUAAUGUUCCACUCAUUUGCUUGUUUAUUGAUCUGGGCACCAGUUUGCACGUCACAUUGAACAUUGCAAAACAAUAGAUUAGUUCAGUGCAUGAACUAAUGGAAUUGUAAUUGACUUUUUUAAUGAUUUUUUUUCUUUGGGAAUAUUUAUUAGCUUCUGAAUAUAUACAUAUUUAUUUAUUGUAAUUCUGUUUAUUUUUCUUUACACAGGAAAAAGUAAAUGAGCUGGGCAGAAUCAUGUAAGUGUGGAGGAUUUUUACAUAAGUUUGAGAACAAUAAAAGCCAUAGUCAAUUGACAACUAUGAGAGUGUGCUACAUGGGUUAAAAAAAAGGGCACACUUGAAAAUGAUUUUUAAAAAAAUAAAAUAAAUUAGAAAAUAAAAACAUUAAACCCAUAUCAUUUUUUAACCUUUACUAAACCAAUCUACUCUGAUUCUGAUAUUUCAUUUCAUGAAUUCAUCAAAUUCCAGUUUGAUUUUCUCUCAUUUUAUUUCUUUUUUGUGUAUCUUUCCUGUUAGGAUACUACAAGAGCAGAAUGAAGGUCUACAUCAAACUCUGUUAAAAACAGCAGUGAGGAUGGAGUGUUUAGGAGAAGAAUUUAUAAGCAGCCAAAAGCUCUUGGAGGUAGAACUUCAAAGGACACGUAUGGAGCUCAACAACCUUACAGAGAAGUUUAAGAGGUAAGAAAUUCGUUUAUACUGCACUAAUCAUUGUACUAUGGAAACAAUGAUAGAAAACUGCCAUAGCAAGGACACUAGUCUCUAUUUGUGUUUGGGCCAUUAGCACCCUUUCAACAGCUCUUUUAAAGAUAGUGUAAGGUACCACAUUUAUAUUUAGUAGGCUCUAGAUUUAACAAGGUCUCCCAUGAAAAAUACAUAUUAAUGUGGAUAAUGAUCUUUUUUGUGGUGUAAGUAGUCAGGAAAGCACCAUAUGGAUUUUGCUUGGCAGUAAAAGCAACGCAAAUAAAUAUGCUGAAGCUUUUCCAUCAUUUUUCUCUGAAGCACUACCAGUAGAAGCAGUGGAAAUAUUUAACUUCAUUUCAGUUGUAAUAUGAAUUUGAAAUCUUUAUGUCUGUGCUUUUUCUUUAGACUACAUGACAACUGCUCCUCCACACAGCAGUCGAACAGUCUGCUCGAACAAAGGCUUCACAUUGUGGUGAGAUUGAAAGUAUUUCUGUUUGAUGUGCUUGAGCCAAAAUGAUUUAGAAACAUUUUUUAAACAGAGAUUUUGAGACAUGUAGGUGUCUUUCUUUUUACUGACUUACAUUAUGAAUAAAGGCAAAGAGGAAAUAACCUAACAUUUUUCCUUCUAUGUCAGGCCCAAAACAUGGAAGGAGAGCGGGAGAGGUUGAACCGGCGUAUCUCAGCGCUGACUGAGAAACUUGCUGAUGCAAAACAUGCUAACAGUGUGGAAACAUUCAGCGUAAGAUCUUUAUAUCCCCUUUAACUCAAGUGUGUAGUGAUUUUUACUGUACAGCCAAUAAGGGAAAUGUAAUCAUGACAGAAAAAUUACGUUAAUCUUUAAAACCCUGUUUGAAAGUAUGUAAGAAUAAGCAACCUAAGAAAAAACAAUUAUGAAAUCCUGCAAAGCCUCUGGAAAAUUGAUCAGUGGGCAUUUGUGGCUCAAACACAACAUUGAACGUCAUUAUUUCAAUGACAUCAUUGCAUCAAUAAAUGAUCCAACGUAACCUCUUCUUGCUGUAGGGAACGUUAAUGCUGCAAAGAAACGACCACGAUAUUCAGUCAGACGAAACCAUGAACCAGGUGGCUCUACCCAUCACUCCCCCUCCCGUUGAGUUCAUGGACAACCAUAACUUUUCAAAGGUCCAAGCCGGAGGGCAGGAGCUUCCUCUGGGGUCAGUACCAGAGGAGGAGGAAUCUGAUUGGUCAGAGUUGGGAGAAGAGACCCCAAGAUUCAUACUGACAGGGUCAAACAGAGGUCCAGUCUGGAGACACCAGGAUGGGGACAUGGACAAAGACAGUGAGUCAGGUGGAGAGGAACUUUUGGGGCAACACUCUCCACGACCACUUCAGAUACCUCACCUUCAGUUCACCAUCCACAAUGAGAACAUUUGUGAUGGUUUGUCAGGUGCAGGCUCUUACAGGAUUGCCACAAGUCCGACCCUUGGCUCUGCUAUCUUGAUCCGCUCAGCUAGCUUGGAGGAUAUCCCUCAUGCACAUCAUGCACAUCAUGAAAUGCAGCAAGAGUUAAGAGGCACAGAGGCCAUGAUGGAUCUUCAUCACCACAGGGACACAGAUGCAGGUGAUUUAGAUAACCAGAUCAUUCAUCAUUGGAGAGGAAGCAAUGACAUAGCUAUUGCAAGGCCAGUAGACAACAUGAUGUCAGAGGCGGAAAACAGUCUGGCGAGCCUGCAGUCAGCUGAGAUAAUGCUCAAUCACUUCAUCUGUGAGCAUCAGGUCAGUGAAGAUAAUGGUCAGGGCAGAGCUGAGGUGCACGGCUGGACAGGAGGGAUCCCAGACGAGUUGUGGAAAGGGGAGCGAACACAGCUGUGA